GAUCAUUCGUACAACAUGGGUUUUCGGGGAUGGUGAAUGGAGCAAAAUUGAGGAUAAGAUUAACAUCGAAGAGCUCGAUGUCAGGGCAGCAAAGCUAGAGGCUUACACCGUGAUGUCAAUCACGAUCUUCGAGCGCAGCCCUGAAAGCGAAGAAGAAAUUCCGGACAGUGACCGGGAAGCAGAUCCUCAAACCCCUGAAGAAAGACUCAGAGCCGAAGCCAAAGGCGUUCAACAUCUUAUGACUCAUCGACCUAAGAACCCGUAUUGCCCCGUUUGCCAAAGGGCCAAGAUGAUGGCACCGCAUGCGCGGAAGCUCGGGGGAUCAUCGACUAUCAAGUCUGACAAGUACGGUGAUCACCUCACGAUUGAUCAUAUCAUCACCAGGGAUCUUAGGGACCAUGGUUUUGACGACCAAAAGGUGGGGUUCGUAGUCAAGGAUGUUUGCACCAAAUUCAGGUAUGUGUACCCUGAUGCCACCAAAGAAGGUGAACAAUGCUAUGAAAACCUUUUGCACUUCACUGGGGUUGAUGAUGAGAUAGGCGUAAUCUACUCCGACAACGCCCCAGAGCUUGAAUAUGCCGUGAAAAAGUUAGGCGUCCGCCACAAUACAUCCCGAGAGUACUGUGAUGAAAACAAGGCUGUAAUCGAACGCGAGAUCAGGACUGUGCUCGAAGGUACGCGUGCGGCGCUUACUCAGGAACAACCCGAAACAAUCGACAUUUUCGAAGACCUCAAAGGAACCGAGCUCUAUGAAGAGCUCAUGGCAGAGGUUGAUCGAACCCCUGACGCAAAGGCAGCAAUGGACAAAGAGUGGAAAAAGUUAGCUGAUAAG